AGAGCAAUAACAGCUUCAACACACUACUGAUUUAGUUUGAUCAUAUUCACAAUGGAAAGAUUCUUCCUAAUUACUUACAUUGUAGUAUCAGGUGUGUUUUGUGAUGAUCAAAUUGGUCCAAAACAGAAUCAGGACAUUGAGGUUUUUCACCAUGAGGGACAACCUGUUACACUGGAAUGUUCAUAUGAGUCAAGUAGUCAAAAUGUUUAUCUGUACUGGUACAGACAGUAUCCGAACAAAGCACCACAGUAUUUACUGUAUAAAGGUGCCCGAUCCCAAAGUGGUGAACACACAUCAGACGGACGUUUUUCAUCAGCUACCACUGAAAGAUCCACUCAGCUCACUAUUAGUGGACUAACUCUGGCAGACACAGCUCUCUACUAUUGUGCUCUACGCACACAGGGAUGUGACUAUAUUGAACAAUCUGAGGAAUUAAUGACUGCCAGUGAAGGAGAUGCAGCAGUUUUAAAGUGCGAGUACAACACUGAAGAUCAGUCACCAUGUCUCCUCUGGUACAAGCAACAGAGGAAUGGCUUUCCAAAGUUUGUUCUAAUGAACUUAACAUUUGGACAAGGGCACACCGAACUUGAGAUUAAAGCAAGAUUUAGUGGAAAUCUGGAUUCCAAAUCCAGUUCUGUUCCUUUGAGGAUUCAGAAACUGCAUGUGAUUGACUCUGCUGUGUACUACUGUGCUCUGAUGUCCACUUUGACAACAACACACUCACCCCUCAUACAAAAACAUGAAACAGGAAUCACUGAGCAUAGCUGGUCCUGA